AUGUCGGGUGUGACGUCUCGGCUGUCAAGCUUGCUUGGCCAUUUCUCAGCUCCCUCGGCGCCGGUUGAACACCGGUUUAACAACCACACACUCUCUCCAACCUUUUUCCUGCCGCGUGCAGCUGCCAUUGAACCCGAUAAGCCCGGUGUCAAACAAGCCGCUAAUCGAAGGAAAACACAGGCCGAAGCGAUCUACCAUGUGACAGCAAACAACAAGAUUCUCCGCAGGACUUACAGUGAAACCGCGGAUCGCGCACGAGGAUUAGCGUAUUUCUUGAAGAAGAAGGGGCUUCAAAGAGUGGGAAUUUUGUGCCCCAAUACUCCUGCAUUCUUGGAAUCGAUCUUUGGAAUUGCCGCUGCUGGGGCCGUCAACGUUGCUGUCAACUAUCGCCUCAAGAAAGAGGAUAUUACGUACAUCUUUGAACAUGGCGAUGCCGAUGCCAUCAUUGUUGACGAGGAAUUUGUUCCGUUACUCGAUACGUACCGGUCGCAACAUCCGACGGUUCCCAUCAUUGUUGAUACCGAUACCGAUACCACUGAGGGACAACUCACAGGUCCAUUUGAUGGGGCAGUAUUGGAAGGAUUGAAGUAUGACCUGGAGACGGGGGCACAAGGUUGGGCUGGGCUCGAAGCUCAAGCUGCGGACGAGGAAUCCCUCAUUGCGCUCGCGUACACGAGCGGCACGACCGCCAAACCCAAAGGUGUGGAGUAUACCCAUCGCGGCUGUUAUCUGGCUGCUCUGGGCAAUAUCAUCGAGUCAGGUCUCAAUUUCGAUCGCGGGCGGGCCAAGUAUCUGUGGACGCUGCCCAUGUUUCAUGCGAUGGGAUGGACAUUCCCUUGGGCCGUGACUGCAGUUCGUGGAACCCACUACUGUCUUCGCAAGAUCGACUACCCGGAGAUCUGGCGUCUAUUGAAGGAGGAGCACAUCAGCCAUUUCAAUGCCGCCCCAACGGUCAAUACGCUUCUCUGCAAUGCAAAGGAGGCGGAAAAGCUACUGCACCCUGUUCGUGUAACUGUGGCUGCCAGCCCACCUACACCACAUCUUUUCGAACAAAUGACCAACUUGAACCUGCACCCGGUUCACGUUUAUGGGAUGACCGAGACGUAUGGCCCAAUCACCAAGGGGUACUAUCUACCUCAAUGGGACCAACUUCCCUUGAAAGAGAAGUAUCAGAAGAUGGCUCGACAAGGGCACGGCUUCAUUACGAGCUUGCCGGUUCGUGUGAUCAAGACGGACGUUCCCGAGGGAACCAUUGUCGACGUACAGAAAGAAGGCAGGGAGAUCGGAGAGAUCGUUUUCAUCGGGAACAUCUGUGCCCGAGGAUACUACAAGGACCCCGAGGCUACUCGGAAGCUCUUUGCUGGAGGCGUGCUGCAUUCGGGUGACCUGGCCGUCUGGCACUCUGAUGGGGCGAUUCAGAUUCUUGAUCGAGCGAAGGAUAUCAUCAUUAGUGGUGGCGAAAAUAUAUCCUCCGUAGCUCUUGAGUCUAUGUUAGCUACGCACCCUGACAUCCUUGAGGCUGGUGUGGUGUCUGUACCAGACAGCCACUGGGGAGAGCGUCCCAAGGCAUUUAUCACGGUCAAGCCAGGGAAGGCUCUGGAUGGCUCAGAGGUGAUCAACUGGGCCCGCAAUACGAGCGGAAUCAGCAAAUUUAUGAUUCCACGAGAAGUGGAAGUGGUGGCGGAACUGCCCAAGACCAGCACGGGCAAGAUCCGGAAGAACGUGCUGCGCGACUGGGUGAGAGGGCCCGCGCGGAAUAUUGGCAAUUGA